GGGCCUAGGCGGGGCCAGGCUGGCUAGAUGGGCGGGUCUAGCGACGGCCCCUGGCGAGGUUCAGUGCGCUUGCGCUGACAGACGCAAGAUGGCGGACAGUGCGGAACUAAAGCAAAUGGUUAUGAGCCUUAGAGUUUCUGAACUUCAAGUACUGUUGGGCUACGCUGGGAGAAACAAGCACGGACGCAAACACGAACUUCUCACAAAAGCCCUGCAUUUGCUGAAGGCUGGCUGCAGUCCUGCUGUACAAAUGAAAAUUAAAGAACUCUAUAGGCGGAGGUUCCCGCAGAAAAUAAUGACGCCCGCGGACUUGUCCAUCCCCAACGUACAUUCAGGUCCUAUGCCAGCAGCUUUGUCUCCAUCUACCAUUCCACAACUCACUUACGAUGGUCACCCUGCAUCCUCAUCUUUACUCCCUGUUUCUCUUCUGGGACCUAAACAUGAACUGGAACUCCCACAUCUUACGUCAGCUCUUCACCCAGUCCAUCCGGAUAUAAAACUUCAAAAAUUACCAUUUUAUGAUUUACUGGAUGAACUAAUAAAACCCACCAGUCUAGCAUCAGACAACAGCCAGCGCUUUCGAGAAACCUGUUUUGCAUUUGCAUUGACACCACAACAAGUACAGCAAAUCAGUAGUUCAAUGGAUAUUUCUGGGACCAAAUGUGACUUCACAGUGCAGGUCCAGUUAAGGUUUUGUUUAUCUGAAACCAGUUGUCCACAAGAAGAUCACUUCCCACCCAAUCUUUGUGUGAAAGUGAAUACAAAGCCUUGCAGCCUUCCAGGUUAUCUUCCACCUACUAAAAAUGGUGUGGAACCAAAGCGACCCAGCCGACCAAUUAAUAUCACCUCACUUGUCCGAUUGUCCACAACAGUACCAAACACCAUUGUUGUUUCUUGGACUGCAGAAAUUGGAAGAAACUAUUCCAUGGCAGUAUAUCUUGUAAAACAGUUGUCCUCAACAGUUCUUCUUCAGAGGUUACGAGCAAAGGGAAUAAGGAAUCCGGAUCAUUCUAGAGCUUUAAUUAAAGAGAAAUUGACUGCGGAUCCAGACAGUGAGAUAGCUACAACCAGCCUAAGGGUUUCUCUACUAUGUCCACUUGGUAAAAUGCGUCUGACAAUUCCAUGUCGGGCCCUUACGUGCUCUCAUCUGCAGUGUUUUGAUGCAACUCUUUAUAUUCAGAUGAAUGAGAAAAAACCAACAUGGGUUUGUCCUGUCUGUGAUAAGAAGGCUCCAUAUGAACACCUUAUUAUUGAUGGCUUGUUUAUGGAAAUCCUAAAGUACUGUACAGACUGUGAUGAAAUACAGUUUAAGGAGGAUGGCUCUUGGGCACCUAUGAGAUCAAAAAAGGAAGUACAGGAAGUUCCUGCCUCUUACAAUGGAGUUGACGGAUGCUUGAGCUCCACACUGGAGCAUCAAGUGGCUUCUCACCACCAAUCGUCAAAUAAAAAUAAGAAAGUCGAGGUGAUUGACCUAACCGGAGACAGUUCAUCUGAUGAAGAGGAGGAAGAGCCAUCUGCCAAGAGGACCUGUCCUUCCUUAUCUCCCACAUCACCACUAAAUAAUAAAGGCAUAUUAAGUCUUCCACAUCAAGCAUCUCCAGUGUCCCGCACCCCAAGCCUCCCUGCUGUAGACACAAGCUACAUUAACACAUCCCUCAUCCAAGACUAUAGGCAUCCUUUCCACAUGACACCCAUGCCUUAUGACUUACAAGGAUUAGAUUUCUUUCCUUUCUUAUCAGGAGACAAUCAGCAUUAUAACACCUCCCUCCUUGCUGCUGCAGCAGCAGCAGUGUCAGAUGAUCAAGACCUCUUACACUCGUCUCGAUUUUUUCCGUAUACCUCCUCACAGAUGUUUCUCGAUCAGUUAAGUGCAGGAGGCAGUACUUCUCUGCCAACCACCAACGGAAGCAAUAGUGGCAGUAACAGCAGCCUUGUGUCCUCCAACAGCCUAAGGGAGAGCCAUAGCCACACCGUCACCAACAGGAGCAGCACGGACACGGCAUCCAUCUUUGGCAUCAUACCAGACAUUAUUUCAUUGGACUGAUGGCCUUGACCCUGCUGCUCCCAUCCCCACCCCAGAUUAAAUGAACGUGGCAGAAAGAAGAGAACUUUGUGCUAUGUUUUACCUUAUUCUGUUUAGAAAAGUACACAAGCGUGUUUUUUUCCUUUUUUUAGGGAAAAAAUUAAAAGAAAUGUACAGAGAACAAAACUAUAUUUUCAGUUUUACUUUUGUAUAUAAAUCUAAGACUGCCUGUCUGAUAAAACACUUGU